AAGGGCCCUCCCCUCCUUUUGUACGGAUGGACCUUUACCGACGAUUGGGUUCUUGACUGGGCACGGAAGCUCAAACACACGAUCAACCUCAAGGCUACACUUUUCAGAUCCCCUGGUAGUCAGUCGGCGGAGGUUUUCCACUGUGCCGACCUAAAAGCAGGCGAUGCCAUAGACGAAAGGUUGCGCAAGCAUGUGGUCCUUGUUACGCGUCAGAAGUUUCUGAAAGAUCUCAUCAAGGAGCUGGGGGCGGAGAUCGGCUUCGAGUCGCUACUUUGCAGCAUGGAAUACGAUUCCAUGUACGUGCUCUGGACGAACUACAACUUUGCAGAGCGGCAGUGGAUUCUCGAGCGCCGUUGCCAUGAAAAUAUGAAGCUUGAAUGGAGCACAUUCAUGGAAUCCAUGAACGAAAUUAUGGCCGAACCAGGUCAAACCACGAAGCAGCCCAUGUGGUGGUACUCUUCCCUCAACUUUCAGGCAUGUGCCCAUGCCCAUCCCUAUAUUCACAUACAUCCAUCAGGCUGA